CGCUCCUGCUAAAGGGUGACCCUGCCCUGGCGUUGGGCCUGACCCCAAAAUCACUGAGAGCAGAGGGGAGCGAGGAGCUGUGACUGCUGGGGAAAGGAGGAGAGAGCCUGGAGGAGGAUGCGAAAGGAGCGCUGCCCAUAAAGCACCAUGGGGCAGCACGUGGUGCGGUGAUGGGCACUGCGCAAGGAGCGACCCCGGGCCCUGCGCUAGGAGCUGUGCCAUGCCAGCGGGCAGCCACGAGGUUGAGAAGCCCCCACGGCGCCAGCACUGAGCAAGGAGAAGGCAGUGAGCCCUGGUGGAAGCGAGGCGCUGAGCAUGGCAGCCUCCACCUGGCAGUCCUGUGGAUAUUUACGGGAUGACACAAGCCAGGCACGAGGCACAGACUGCGCCACGUCCCGGGGAGGUUCGGCAGUAGCACGCCAGGAGUGCAGCCCACAGCCUCUCCAGCAGGGCCUGGGUGCCACGAUCCGGGCACACUGCCCCACCAUGAGCUCUGCGGGGAUGGAAGGAGAAAGCCCUCCGAAGGUCUAUGAGAUGCAGGUGGGGCAGCGGCGGGCCGGCAGCGGGCGCACGGUGAGGCCGGUGGUGUACAGGCUGGAGGAGAGCGAGUAUCGGCGGCUGCUGAAGGAGGCAGAAGAAGGCCCCGAGGAGGACUGGGAGCCUGAGAAUGAGGGGCUCGGACCGCAGGAGGGCUGCCCAGGGAAUGGGGUGACGGCGAGCCCCAGGCUCCAUCGGAUUGAUGUCCUGCGGGGAGCCCCACUGAUCCGCUCGUACUCGGAGAGCAGCGUGGAGCUGCGGGUGGCGAGCAAAGCGCCGGACUGCUCCACGGAGGGUGGCAAACCCCGCGUCCCUGCCAGGUCAGACAGCUUUGAGCUGAUGGAUUACAUCCUGCAGAGCAGGCAGGAGGCGGGGGCACCGCUGUCCCACAGCCCCCGAGACGGAUUCAUGCAGGUGUUGGGCUUUGCACCGUGCCAGAACGGAGAGGAUGGGCAGCUCACAAAGAGCCGGGCGGCGAGAGAUGCUGGUAAGCUUACAAGGCAGAACAGCACCCAGAUGCCGGAGAACAAGGAAUGGCUUGGAGCAGAUGUGGAUAUGGAGAUGCUGGAGUCAUACAGCCAGAAAAAGUCACCUCCGGCCCCACCGGCCAGGUCACACAGUAAGGAGAGCCUGGCACUGAGCAUGAGCAAGACCGUAGCACUGAGCGAGGCACUGCUGGAGCCCUGCAGCCCUGCGGCCCGGCCAGGGGGGAAGGAGCCAACAGGAGGGGGCCCAAAGGAGCAGGGGAGGAAGAGCGAGGAGGAGGAGGAAGAGGAGGAGGAGAAAGUGCUCAAAGUUGCCGAUGCGAAGAAAACCUUUGAGAAGGCGAAAGCAGAGGGGAAGGCAGCAGCUAGCAGUGCCCGGAAAGACACAAUGAGGCGAGUGGUACGACAGAGCAAAUUCCGGCAUGUGUUUGGCCAGGCAGUGAAGAACGACCAGUGCUACGAUGACAUCCGUGUCUCUCGUGUCACUUGGGACAGCUCCUUCUGUGCUGUGAACCCCAGGUUUGUUGCAAUCAUCGUGGAUGCGAGCGGCGGCGGGGCCUUCCUGGUGCUGCCUUUGCACAAGACGGGCCGAAUUGACAAGUCCUACCCAACGGUGUGCGGGCACACAGGACCAGUGCUGGACAUUGACUGGUGUCCCCACAACGACCAGGUCAUCGCCAGCGGCUCUGAGGACUGCACUGUCAUGGUAUGGCAGAUUCCUGAGAACGGGCUCACGCUGUCCUUGACAGAGCCAGUGGUAGUUCUAGAAGGCCAUUCGAAGCGAGUGGGCAUCGUGGCUUGGCACCCGACGGCGCGCAACGUGCUGCUCAGUGCAGGUUGUGAUAAUGCAAUUAUCAUCUGGAACGUGGGGACAGGUGAAGCCCUCAUCAACUUGGAUGACAUGCACGUGGAUGUGAUCUACAAUGUGAGCUGGAAUCGCAAUGGCAGCCUAAUCUGUACAGCUUCCAAAGACAAAAAAGUUCGAAUCAUUGACCCCAGGAAACAAGAAAUCAUCGCUGAGAAAGAGAAAACCCAUGAGGGAGCCCGGCCCAUGCGAGCCAUUUUCCUCGCUGAUGGAAACAUCUUCACGACCGGCUUCAGCCGCAUGAGCGAGCGGCAGCUGGCCCUCUGGAAUCCAAAAAACAUGGAGGAGCCAAUAGCCCUUCACGAGAUGGACACCAGCAAUGGGGUCCUGCUGCCAUUCUAUGACCCAGAUACCAACAUUAUUUACUUGUGUGGCAAGGGUGACAGCAGCAUUCGCUACUUUGAGAUCACGGAUGAAUCCCCCUAUGUUCACUACCUCAACACCUUCAGCAGCAAAGAGCCGCAGAGGGGAAUGGGGUUCAUGCCAAAGAGGGGCCUUGAUGUGAACAAGUGUGAGAUUGCCAGGUUCUUCAAGCUUCAUGAGCGGAAAUGUGAGCCCAUCAUCAUGACAGUCCCUCGAAAGUCGGACCUCUUCCAGGAUGACCUGUACCCCGACACAGCUGGCCCAGAGGCAGCGCUGGAAGCAGAAGAGUGGUUUGAGGGGAAGAAUGCUGAUCCCCUUCUCAUUUCCUUGAAGCAUGGGUACAUUCCUGGCAAGAACAGGGAUCUCAAGGUGGUCAAGAAGAAUAUACUGGAUAACAAACCUGCUGCAAACAAGAAAAGUGAUCUCAUAAGUGCUCCAAAGAAAGCAGCUGAUGCCUCAGACACUCAAAACGAAGCCAAAUUGGAUGAGAUUUUGAAAGAGCUGAAAUCCAUAAAAGACACCAUCACCAACCAAGACGAGCGCAUUUCCAAGCUGGAACAGCAGAUGGCGAAGAUCGCAGACUGAGCGGGGCUGGCGGGCGCUGCCAGCCCAACACAUUCCAGUUCCCCGGUUUGGCCAGCAGCAGCGUGCAGCAUUCCAGUACGAGCUUUCCUGUUCUCCCAAAUUCACGUCAACGAGAGCCGAUGAUUAAAGCCAAGCUUUUUAGUGAAAGAAUUUUUUUUUUUCCCUGAUGUUUUAAUGAAUUUAUGUGACUGUGUCAAACAAUUCAACGAGAAUAAGUGCUACUUUUACAGUCUUUAUUUUUUUUUUUUUUCCACAGAUGUUAUGAAUUCUUGAAAAGAAACCCAUUCUGACUCUUUCCAUGUUGUGCCCAAAUAUCUUUUCUAGAUGUAGGGACCAAUGCCACAUUGUUCGUAACCAUUAUUUUUUUUUUUUUAAAGUUGCCAAAAAAAAGAAAAGAGAAAAAAAAAAAAAAAAACUUGCUUUUUUUUUUUUUUUUUUAAAUUUUAUUUGCCACUUUGCAGUAUUUGUGUUUUAAAUUUAAAGGGACAGCACUGUGUGUGUGUGCGCGUGCGUGUAUGGGGGUGUUUAUACUGUUUAGAGAUCGGAACUGAAGCUAUUUUGUAUAAAUCUUCAAUGUUGAACAAUCAGAUCGGCUUCCCUCGCAGUGUGGCUGCUGCUGAGCCCCUCAGAGGUGACUUUCCUGCCUUCCUAAUGCCUUCUGACCGUGGUUGAAAAAUAUAUAUAACGUUCUGAACGAAGCGAUCCGUGCCGCAAUGCCUCUUCUCCUUUGUACACCCUGCAGGACUUCUGAACCAGCGUCGUGCUGCCCUUGGAAAAGAGUUUGGGACCAUCCCAGCUGUGUCCAAAUGGACGUGUGCUCAUUGCCAGGUUUUGUUUUAAGGCAGAAGUGACCUCCGUGCAGGCAGUGGUGUUGUGUUGAUGGGGCACAAAGCUUACGGUGUGCAGUGUCAGCAGCCUGCAGGCCACACGGACAGCCAGCUCCUGUGCUGUGUGCGUGGCUGUAAAUGUGUGCCUGCACCUUCAUUGCUUUCAGAAGCCUUUUAAAAGCUGUGACUUUGCAAUUCUUUGUCCCAGACUGUAGUGCUGAUGAUAGAAAUUUGGACUCUGCUUCCGAAGCAGUGUUAGGAGCAGCCAGGCAACUUUCAUGAUGGAUCUCAGAAACAAAACGCCUCCGACUGUUGUUGAUCUUUUUCUCCCCCUCUAUCAUCCCUGCCUUAAAACUUUGCAGGAAAUGGUUUCUUCCUGGAUGAGAUCAGCAACUCUCCUCUUUGAGGUCCUCAGCUGAAAGGUGCAAGGCACGCCAAGCUCCUCGCUGGGUUUCUGCUGCUCACAUGAGGUCUGCACUGCCAGGGGGGUGUCUGGGCACGGGGCAGCCAUGUUCUUGACUCUGUAUCUGGUCAUAGGAGUUCCCAUAGGUGUGCCCAGGAUGAUGCUGCCCAGCCAAACUCUGCCAGCCCUCAGGCUUUGCUGUAUUGGUGCAGCCCAUAUGCAGUGCCCAGCAUCCCUUAUCAAACCCAACGUGAGCAAACCUGUUGGGGUCAGACCAACAUCUGGGAAGCAGUCAGCAGCUGAUGAGCCCCCAGUCCCUCCCAGCUGUGCUCUAGUCCUUCAUCCUGCACGGCUGCAGCGUGCGUGCCUGUGUGUGUGCUCAGAGCAGCAGCAGGAUGCGUCCCUUCAUCCAGGCUGAUCCUUUUUUCCAUUAGGUUAGCUAUAGACAGCCUCAAAUCCCCCAUUAGGUUGGUUUUUUGGGGGGUUUUCCUUUUUUCAGUGUUUGCAUGUUCACUCCUUACCCGUUAAGGAUUCUCUGUGCUGGAAGGGAUGUCUGUGUCGGUGAGAAUGGGGACAGCUAGGAGAAGUAGCAGAGAGGCAAGAGGAUGGGAUGCGAGAGGCAGAGAAUGUGUUAUGAUCCCAGAGCAUGAAAGCUUCCUCAAAGUGUUUUUAGGUGGGGGGUGUGGGUGACCGCUGGUGCCGUGUCGCAGCCCUCCGGGUCCUGGGGCCGUUUGGUGACGUUUCUGUGCCGCAGUAAAUGGCUGAGCUGAUGUGUCUUUACUUUUGGGAAGUCAAAACCAAACGUUCCACUCCCCCCGAAACGGUGAUCUCUGUGUUGGUUUGUGUGACUUCAGGGUGGUUGUGUGCUUGGGGAGAACUUUUAUUUUAUUUUUUUUUUCAAAUUGGAGGGAAAUAAGUUUCCGAACCGCUGGAUGGAGGUGCCCAGAUGGGGUUGGUGUGCGGUGGAGGUUUGAGGAAUGGCCGCCGUGGCUGUGAGCUUAUAGCUUGUGCUUUAUUUAAAUGAACUGAUGAUGCCUCGCCAGGCUCAGCCAGAGUCAGUGCCUGAAGCUUUUUGUAGCCGCGAUAUCCCAGAAGAGAACCAGCGACGUCCUGAAAGAUGCGCUCUUAUAGAGCGGCCAUAGUUAUCUGUCCAAAUAUUUGCUUCCAUUUUCAAGAGAUAAAAAGUCAUUGAUUACAAA